CUUCCAGAAAAAUAUGGUCCUUAUUAUUUCGACCAGCCUAUCGAUCAUUUUUCUUUAAAUACAAGCACCUUUAAACAUCGCUAUUGGGCAAACACUGAUCACUAUAAACAGGGCGGCCCAGUUAUUCUAUACAAUGCCGGUGAAACACCUGCAGAUGAUCGCUCCUUUUAUGUCAUUAAUUCUACUAUGGCCGAAUUAGCAAAAAGAUUGGAUGGUAUCAUUAUCGUCAUGGAACACAGAUUUUAUGGUACAUCUAUGCCUGCACCCGAUUUUUCUGCCAAAUCUUUAGUGACAUUGAAUACCAAACAAGCUCUUGAAGACAUUGCUUCUUUUAUUAAAGACUUGAAGUUACCUAACCUCGAUAUUGAACUUCCUCCUGCUCCUGAAACCAAAUAUAUCGUAUAUGGUGGUAGCUAUAGCGGUAAUCUCGCAGCAUGGAUGCGUUUGAAGUAUCCUCACCUUGUAUUUGCUGCGGUUCCUUCUUCCGCACCUGUGCACAUGAGCUACAAUUUUUACCAAUAUUUCGAACCUAUUCGUAAAUAUGGACCAAAGCAUUGCAUUAAAGCCAUUCAUUCCGUCAUUCUCUUUGUCGAUCACAUUCUAUUCAGCCCAUUGGAAGGACCCAAGAUUCGUUUGAAGGAGAGAUUUGGUGCUCAAGAUUUGAAGCAUGACGAUGAUUUCGCAGAAUGUAAG